AAUUUAUAACUCCAAAUUCAAAAAACAAACGCGAGAUAACGGAGAAGAGAAGAGAGGCUGGAGGAAGGAGUGCUGGAUCUGUCGUCAGAGAAAGACGGAGAGGAAACCCUGUGAUCAUCAGCACCAUCAGCGUAAUAAUAAGCCCAAUGUGACCUUCGUCUGAGUUGAGUGUCUCCAUUCAGCAUUCACAAGAAGACAAGAGAGAGGGAGAUUAAGAAGAAAGCACACAGACGCGCGAGGGAGGAGAAGAAAAACAACAGGCUGCCAGGAGCUGGGCUGCUCUCGAGUUCCCCUGAUCAACUGAUUGUUCCUCGGUCCAUCACUCAACGGCUGUUCUGACGAAUGGGAGCUGAUAUGGGAGCCAUGGGCGGGACAAAGGUCUUGCUCCUGGUGUUUCUGGUUGGAUGGGAGAAGUCUCUGUGUCUGAACUGGAACCCAAUCCCACGCAAGACUGUUCGAUACCAAGACGUGUUGGACAGCAUGGCGAGGUUCAGCGUUCAGGGAGUGUUCAACUACAGCAUGCUGACCCUGUCUGACCACGAGAGGGUUUUGUACAUCGGCGCUCGGGAGGCGUUGUUCGCUCUGGACCCCAACGACAUCAGCAGGCAGCUCCGACCACAGAUCGACUGGCCGGCUCCGCAGGAUAAGAAGAGAGAGUGUGUUGCCAAAGGAAAGAACAACCAGACCGAGUGUUUCAACUACAUUCGUUUCCUGCAGAGCUACAACCACACGCACCUCUACACGUGUGGCACAUACGCCUUCCAGCCCAAAUGCACCUACGUGAACGCAGAUUAUUUUGCCCUCAACACUGGAGCCCUGGAAGACGGGAAGGGCAAAUGCCCAUAUGACCCUGCCAAGGGGCACACUGGCCUGAUAGUGGAUAAGGAGUUGUACUCAGCAACACUCAACAACUUCCUGGGUACAGAGCCAGUCAUUCUGAGGAACCUGGGCCAGCAGCACUACAGCAUGAAGAGCGAAUACUUGCCUGCCUGGCUCAAUGAGCCGGACUUUGUUGGUUCAGCCCUGGUGAGAGAGAGCAUCGGCAGCAAAGAGGGGGACGACGACAAGAUCUACUUCUUCUUCAGCGAGCGAGCGUUGGAGUUGGACUGUGACACGGAGCUCACGGUGGCCCGAGUGGCUCGCGUCUGCAAGGGCGAUCUGGGUGGUACCAGGACUCUACAGAAGAAGUGGACCACCUUUCAGAAAGCCCGACUGGAGUGCUCCCUCCCAGAGCGUCACGUCUCCUUCAACAACCUAAGGGCUGUCUUCACUCUGCUGGGGCAGGAUUGGCGAGGAACCACCUUCUACGGCAUCUUCCACGCCCAGUGGGGUGAUGUGGACGUGUCGGCUGUGUGCCAGUACCCGAUCAGUGAUGUGAAGAAGGUGUUUGAAGGGUCCUAUAAGGAGUACAGGGAGGCAUCCCAGAGGUGGGGACGCUACACCGGUGCUGUCCCCAGCCCACGGCCCGGAUCGUGUAUAACGAACUCAGACAGGGAGAACAGCUACAACAGCUCUCUGCAGCUGCCUGACGCUACGCUCAACUUUGCCAAGAAGCACCCGCUGAUGGAGGACAAAGCUCUUGCUCGCCCCCUGCUGCUAACCAAAGGCAUCAACUUCACGAGGCUGGCGGUGGACCGGGUUAGCGCGCUGGAUCAGCGGGCGUACAACAUGCUCUUCAUCGGCACAGCGGAGGGCUGGCUGCAGAGGGUGGUGAUCCUGGGCUCUGAGGCCCACGUCAUCGAGGAGAUCCAGCUGUUUGAGACAUCCCAACCAGUGGACAGCCUGACCAUCUCACAUGCUAAGAAGUACUUGUACAUCGGCUCUCGUUCGGAGGUUCUCCAGCUGCCCUUGGCCAACUGCAGCCGCUAUCAGUCUCAGCCAGACUGUCUGCUCGCCCGGGACCCCUACUGCGCCUGGGACAGCGAGGGUCGGGCCUGUGUCCGCAUCGACCUCCACCGAGGAUCCACCUCCUCCCUCUCACAGGACCUCAUGCUGGAGAGGUUCAGCAGGGGAAAAGCCAAGUUUGAUAAGCCCGUCUCCAUCCCUAGUCCUGAGCACUCUCGUCUGAGGAAUGUAACAGUGGUGGUGGGCUCUGACAUGGUGCUGCCUUGCCAGCUGGUUUCCAACUUGGCUCAGCCUUGCUGGGUUCUCAACGAUCGGGAGCUCCAGCUGGGUGACCCCGAAGCCGGAGGACCACGCUUCGACCGGACCCUCAAAGCUCUCGUCAUCCCAGAAGCGGGUCAGAUGCAAGCGGGUCGAUAUAUCUGCUACUCUGAGGAACAGGGGGUCAAGUUUCAGACAGAGCGCUACCAGGUAGCUGUAGUUGCCAGUGCUCCAGUCUUCAUGGAAGCCCGGGCUCCGGACAGCAGCAUGGGGCUCUUUUGGGUGCUGGUUAUCACCCUCGGAGCGGCGUGUCUGCUGCUCCUCGUCGCAGCUCUUUACCUGCGCAGGAGGCUGAAGCUGGCGCUGGGAAAGGGAGCCGACAUGAAGCCUCUGGAGAGCACCCUGGUCUACCCCAUCACUCUGCCCAAGGAGCCGCCCACCUUUGUCCCCAGCAAGAUGCCCAGCGAUGAAGACCGCUUCUGGGAGACGGGCGCCAACUACUAUUACUCAGACGGCUCGCUGAAGAUCGUUCCCGGUCACGCCCUGGGGCCCAGCAGCGUCAGCAGCACGGCGUCUCCCAGCGCCAUUCCCGGCCAGCCCAUCCACUCCCCGAGCCGUCUCAGCCUCACCAACAUACGAGGCUCCGGUAGCAACGGCUACAUCCGCCUCAACCUGAGCACAGCAGGGGAGGAGAGGGCUAGCGGGGCUGGUGCUGGGGGCGGUGGGCUGGGAGGCCUGGGCAUGGGCGGGAACGACUACUCCAGCCCCUUCAAGGAAGAGCUCAGACGCACUCUGCAGCAGAGAAGCGUGCUGCCGGACGCAAACCCAGAGGAGUCAUCCGUCUAGGCCUGUCCUCCUCCAUCUCCAUUCCCUGAGUUGGAAAAACAAAACAACCAACCUACCUCCCUCUUUCUGAGGAUGCCUGCUCUCUCUCUCUUUCGGUGACAUGCUGUCAGUUCCCCAUGCUCUCUCUCUCUCUCUCUAGCUCUGCCAAUGCCUGUUUGGCUCACUGGAAACAUUUAUAGCACACAGCAUGUUAAAUAUUCAUACUCAUACACCGUGUUCACCAACAUGCACUCUUAUAAUUAUUGUGUUUGCGGCAACAUGCCAUCAUGGUUGCGACUAUUUCUGCUUCCACUGUGCAAUUGCCACUUGUGUAAAUUGUGUAUUUAAAAAGGACGAAGCCAGAGGAGAGCACCUCAAGCAUGGAAAUCAAACAAAUGGCGUUACAUGUUUUCUGAAGGGCACAUUUCUUUCACAUGGAGUGGACCAAGUGGGGCUUUUAGCCCUCAUGCUGGAACCAGUUGAUGAACAACAAGGGCAACUAACUGGAAAUAUUGAACUGAUUAUCUGUCCUUCUGUUCCUUUGAGACUUUUUCAGCUUACUGCACUUAAAAACGGGAAGAGCGCCUUCCCAUUUUUGUACUCGUGAGCCAAGAGCGUGAGAGCGGUAUAAAAAAGACUAAUUAAUCUCCAAGCAAGACGACAAUCAUGUCCCUGUAGCAGGAGCUCUGUGUGGGACAGAAAGGAGAGGAGAGAGAGAGACAAAGAGAGAGGAAAUUAAAUGGAAAAUGAAGUGAAUUGGAGUGAAAGACAUAAGUGGGGGUUUUUUGAAUGAAGGACAAUCUCUCAAGACUUUCUCUGCUCAAUUUGUAUUAUUUUUCCCUUGCGUUGUAUUUACCCCCGGAGAAAGUCUUCGAUCCCUUCCACUUUAAUUUGAUGUGAUGGUUGGUUUGAAUUAAGACAUUUAUUGUUGUUCUUUUUCUGUCUUACGGACUUAAGCAGUGUUCCAAUGGUUAUCAAGUGACUAAAGGCUCCCCUCUGUGAAUUUCAAUGUGAGGGAAAGUGCCUGACAUUACAUUAGUCUUCGCUCAGCCCUGCACGGUGACCUUCAAAUGCACCUUCAAGUCCAAUAUACUACAAAUGCACUCCAUGUGUACCAGAUAGGUGUUUUGGUUGAGCCCUUUUAGAUGUUUGUUCAUCUCCUUUGAAAAGAAAAGGCUAUUUGCAUUCAGCUCUUAGCAGCCGAACAGUAAUUGCACACUUAAUUCCAAAUUGAAGAUGACAUGAAGACAUUAGGCAUGAAGAAUGUAGUUUAACCCUCACUGGUGCGGCCGCUGUGGAUGUCUCAAUAAGUGCUUUAUAUUUUGUGUUUGGUGAGGGUGGUAACUUGCACUGCCAAGAAGGAACCUACCCCUCCCACACACACACUCACAGUCCUCUGAAUCCCAACCAUCCUGGACAACAGUGUGUUUGUGAUGGACCCCUAAACUCCAUGAAACUCCCCCUCACUACCGAUGCCCAGAGACUGACCCCCGGGCUACUGUGGACUUAUACAGAGGAAGAGCACUGUAAAACACACCGACACAAAAAGAACACACACACACAGAGUGUUGAUGGAAGAAUGGACAGACAGACGGAUUGCUGACAAACUGCUGGCUCCAGGCGGGAAGCAGCCAUGAACCAGUGAAAGGGGUUGUAUUUUUGGAACAUGUCUGUCGGGACCAGAGGAUCACAGCAAGAAGGAAGGGGGAGGGCAAGGAUACUUUUGUCUUUCCCCCACUGUGUACAGAACGCGAUGUAGAAUAUCAAAACGAUCCCAAGGUUGAGGAGAUGGUCAGCCAUCAGCACUCCAUCCUAGUGUUGCAUGAUCCUCUGCAAGUGGACUGUACAUCUUUGAUGUGAUCUCUUUGUACAAGUGCAUCAUUUUGAUCGAUCAUUUUGGGACUUUUGCAGACACUAAUAUUGUGCAACACUAAUGCUGUCUUUGAAAAAAAUGUGUCUGAUUUUAUGGCUCAAGAGUUGUACAGGAAUUCAUGGCUGCAUUUCAACAUGUUUACUUUUUCUGUGCCUCUUCACCAUUUGGAUAAGCCAAAGUAGACUGCAGUUGCUUUUGUUCGUGUUGAAUUACCUAAAUUAAUUUUAUUUGAUCAGAGAUUGAUAUUUAAGUCUCGGUAGUCCGUCCACUUUGCCACACUGAGCUGAUGUCUGCAACCUUUCUGCAUAUUUUAUCUGCAGCUAAACUUUCCCUGAAGCAAAGUGCAAAAAAGGCUUGAGACUGAUGAACUUCCUGUUUUUUUCCUUUUUAUAUGUCAAUAGUGAACUGCUGGACUUAAUUCUUUAUCCCCUCACUUCAUAUAAGGCUAAAUAAUUUACCAAAAUCGUUUGAGCCCCUGAGAACCAAAUGCAUAGCUGCGGAUGAUUGAUAAACCAUGUCUAUGUUAAAGUAACAAAUCCCCUGAAGCAGAGCGCUAAAACACAUUAGCUCUUUACACUGGUACUUGAUUAUGUCUUAAUAUUUCUACUUUUUACAAUUAAUCUUUUGAUUUAAUACAACAUGUUGCAAAAACUAAAAAGAUAAAGGAAUACAGGUCUCAAGCUUGAAAAAAAUGCAUGUGUAGUGUUCUUUAUGUGUAUUUCUUCACUUCUUAAGCAUUUGUUUGCUGAUAGUAUUUUCUCUGACAUCUGGCUUUAAUAUCUGCUGUUUUCUUACGUUAUUAUUUGUAUUAUUCUAUUAUCACUGCAAUUUUACUUUGCCCCAUUUUUGCUUGUCUGUUACUGGUCUAUUUUGUUUGUUUUUAAAGUAUGUUAAGUAACUUAUUUCACUUGUACAAACAUGUUGAUAUUUAUUAUCAUUGUACAUAUGUCCUUAUUUUUUAUAUGUGUACAUAUACACAAAUAAAAAUAGAGAUAUA